AUGGGCCAGUGCCCCUCCGUCCCGCGCCGCCGCAAGCCCCCGCUCCUGCCUCCGUCCCCCGCGCUCUCCGCGCCGCCGCAGGUCCUCUCCUCCAUCGCCGAGGCCGCCGGGGAGGACCACACCGCCGACCUCCCCGAGGAGCUCCUCGCCCUCGUCUUCGGUCUCCUCGGCUCCGGCGACCGCAAGCGCUGCUCCCUCGUGUGCCGCCGCUGGCUAGCCGUAGAGGCCGCCUCCCGCCUUCGCCUCGCGCUUGACGCCAGGGCACCGCUGCUCGCCGACUCGGCCCUCCCCCGCCUCCUCGCGCGCUUCCCCGCCGUCUCCAAGCUCGCGCUAAAGUGCGACCGCCGCGCUGAGAGCGUGGGCGACCCGGCCCUCGCGCAAGUUGCCGACCGCCUCGGCCCGGGCCUUCGUCGCCUCAAACUCCGCUCCCUGCGCGCGGUCACCGACGAUGGGGUCGCCGCGCUCGCUGCCGCGGCCGCUAACCUCCGCAAGCUCUCCGUCGGCUACUGUGCCUUCGGAGCCAACGGAAUCGAGGCUGUCCUCCGCUCCUGCCUCCACCUCGAGGAGCUGUCCGUCAAGCGUCUCCGUGGCCUCGCUGAAUCAGAGCCCAUUUCCGUCUCCGGCCCGCGCCUCCAAUCUCUAUCGCUCAAGGAGCUCUACAACGGCCAGUGCUUCUCCUAUUUGAUCACCCAGUCGCCCAACCUCAAAACCCUCAAGAUUAUCAGAUGCUCGGGUGACUGGGACAUCGUGCUCCAGGACGUCCCAAGGGAUUCCCUCCUAGCUGAGCUCCACCUCGAGAAGCUGCAGGUCAGCGACCGGGGUGUAGCCGCCUUAUUUGGGCUCGAGGUACUCUACCUUGCCAAGGCACCUGAGGUCACUGAUGUCGGAUUAGCCGAGCUUGCCGCCAAGUCGCCACGCCUCCGCAAGCUGCAUGUUGAUGGAUGGAAAGCAAACAGGAUUGGUGACCGGGGGCUUGCUGCCGUUGCACAGAAAUGUGCCAGCUUGCAGGAACUGGUCCUCAUUGGUGUGAAUUUGACAUCAUCCAGUCUUGAAUUGAUUGCUGCCAACUGUCCCACCUUAGAGCGGCUUGCGCUGUGUGGGUCCGACACGUUUGGUGAUGCGGAGAUCUCGUGUGUUGCUGCCAAAUGUGCUGCUUUGCGUAAGCUGUGCAUCAAAGCAUGUCCGGUGUCUGACGCAGGGAUGAAUAAGCUUGCUGAAGGCUGCCCACGCCUUGUCAAGGUUAAGGUGAAGAAGUGCCGUCGGGUGACCUCCGAGUGUGCUGAGCGCCUCCGGGCUAGCAGGAAUGGAGCUCUCGCUGUGAAUUUUGACACUCCUGGUGGAGCUGGUGAGUUGCAGGAUGGUCGGAGUGUGGAUGAGAGUGGUGCGCUAGACAAUGCUGGGAGUGAUGUGCUGCCAGAGGAUUUGGAUGAUCGGAUAGUACCGGAGCUUUCGAGUGGAAGCAGUGGCAGGCCGUCAAGAUGGAAAGCACGGAUGGGUGCUUUGAUGUCGAGGAGCUUGUCUGUUUCCAUAUUCCGAAGGCAACCACGUGGAGCCUGCUCUACAAGUCAUGAGUCAUGA